AUGGCGAACAAUUAUAACCAAGUCCCCGGCCCAUUCACUGGCAAUGUACCUUUUAUAUUUGGCCAGCUUCCUCAUCAAAUUCCCCAAGGCGGCCAAGCCCCUCCGGGUCGCGGCUGGUAUUACUGGGGCGGCUAUGCUAUGAAUGAUGGGAAUACUCGUUACGAGCCGAACAGCGGGGACGUAAAGGAUCAGGGUGCUGACAAGGGAAGCCUAUCCAUUGAGCCCCCCACCAAGACCAAGGGCAAGGGCGAAGAAGUAAAGUCUCCCCUCACCCCCGAGCCCACCCGUCCAGAGAAGAUCGCCACCGCGCCAAACGACGAGGCAACAGAAGAAUUCUUCACCGUCCUCCGCACGAAGCUCCGAACCCUCGAGGGCUCCGAACUCCGUGAGGUGAUCCUAUCAGUAUGUCUCAACUCGCGAACGACCUUAUACUGCGUGAUCAGCUACGUCAAGAAAGAGGAGGCUGCCAAAGCGACUACCGUCCCGCACUCCUCUGACGGCCUCGGAAUCCACCUACAAUACCUGUCCGCGAUGGAGCUGGAGGAUUUGGUCAUCCAUGUCUGCGAGAAGGCGGAGAUGGAGAAGACGAGGGACACGGUGAGGCACCUCGUGGAGGCGAUGGAGGACAGGAAGCUGGGACAUAGGAACUUCUCGUAAAUGGGCUAGGGGGUAUAAGGGGCGCGGCGCGAGGGGGUCGGGUUGACAGAAAUAUCGAAUGAACGACUGCUUCUUUUUCUUUCAGGUGCAGGGUUCGGUUAGGUGCUAGGUAGUAUGGCGCAUAGGGGUUCAAGGGAUACCAUUU